GUUAAGCGAGCCGCGCGAAAGAAGUCGUUUGUUUAGUACCGCAGGCAAAACCCGCUUCCGUUUGAUAAUUUUAACCGCGAAAUCGAAGAAACUACUUUUAAUAAUUUGCGGUUGUAACUUUUUUAAAAUUUUUCCGGUUGUUCUUGUGAACUCAUUUAGCUGGUGUUCGCAGAGGGAACUAUAUUGAUAUAGGAUUUUGUUUAGGGUUGAGAAGAGCGUCCCAGUAUAAAAAAUUAUGCCACCGGUCCGAUGGAAGUCUUGGAUUACCGUUAUGGUGAUCAUCGCGCUUCAGGAAAAAGGAUCGUCUCCGAUGGCCGCUGCUCAACAGAUGCAGGAUUCAUUUUCGAUGUCUUCAGAUGGUUGGAGACCAAUCGUCGGAUCUAAAAGACACACCAACAAUAACAACGCCGCGUUCGAUGUGGUUCCUGCUGAGGUCCUAAGUUUAGAAUCUUCAACAUUACCACUUAUUCAAAAAUCGACACCAGGACAAAAAAACGUCCUGAAAAAACAAGGUGUAAAAGUAAAAUACACCCAAAAAUCACCUAAUCAAUACUAUUUACCAACGGGUCCUCAACAGACUUUAAGUCCAGGAAGUCAACAACACAAAAAAAUUAAAAAACCUACUGUAGUCCAGGGUAAAACGAGAAAACAAGGGUUUAGAGGUCAGGCGCUAUCGCAUAGCAGCAGAAAUGAAGUGUUUGCUGUAGCCCCAUCAAAUAUUGGCGGUUUUCCCUCGUACCAUAAACCCCAACAAAACAACAUAAAAACCCGCGAAGCUCAAGGUUUCGGGCUCAUAGGCAAUAGCUUCGGAGCUUCGCUGAACCCGCACAUCGAACUGAGCCGUUUUCCUCUUACCGGUGAAAACAUCUUGCAACGACCGACAUAUUUCCUCGCCAAACCCCUUCAAAACGAUGAAUAUUCGAGAAACUUGUUACCACCCGCACCACCUCGAAGCCGAGUGCAACAAAAGAACAAUAAAGACACAAAGAUUUCCUUGUAUGCCUUUAAAGAGGGUCCAGCUACAGAUGCCACCUCCAAUGUGCCUCAGUUCAAUGCGAGACCAAAUCAGUUUUUGCCACAAGCCUCACCAACAUUCGAGUUUUCUACACAGCAACAGGCUCAACGACCUCAAUCGAUCAAAGAACAAGCUGUAGACGUUCAAGUGACCAAAGAAAACCUGAAGCAAUAUACACCAAACGGAGCUCCUGUAAGUUUUGAAGCACUUUCUCCUGCUCCUCAGUUAACUGGGAGCAGAAAUCGGUUCCCUAUAGGGUUUGUUGAGUAUGACUUCCAAGGAACACCACAGGGUCGACCUCAAGGAUUAAAUGCUCCUCCCAACACCUUAACUUAUGAGGUCACCGAAGGCAAGUACCUAGACACUCCCACCCAACGGUUCCAAUUUCGUCCACAAGAACAAUUAUUCCAGUUCCAAAACUUGCAGCAGCCGGCUUCCAAUGCACGUCCAACUCUCUUCUUACAAAGCGAUGUUGCUACUCCUCGUCCAAAUGUAUUCCAGGCUCCUCUGGUAGACCUUAGUGCUCCUGGGUUCUUGCCCACACCUUACAAACCUGAAAACAGCGUUAUACCCACCUCGCCAACUGAAAGCGAAGCUGCCACUGUUUUCAAUAAAGUAAGCAACAAAAUGAACCAGUACAGGGGACAUGCCUUGAAAGACAAUCCAUUGUUCUUCGAUAUCAAAGAGGUGUCCACUCAUUAUCCUGUAUUGGGCCAGCCUGAGCUGUCUGAAGGUAACACGCAAAAUCCUCAAGCAUUAAACCAAGAAACUGGAGAAAUUUCCAAUGAAAUACCAACUACCACGACUCAAAAAGAACGCACCAGGCGUCCUACUAAAGAACCAUCAUCGACCAGAGAUCCUACCAGGUCCAGAAUAAGAUCAAGAGGAAAACCAAGAACAAGGAAACCCACUACAACUACCACCACCACUGAAGAACCGAUGCAACAAGUGGAAACUUAUGCACCAAUAAGAUCCCAGGAGGAGAUGGUUAAUAGUCAGGAGAUGGUGACUGAGGGAGAGAGGCAUCAGAGACCUCAGACGAAGAGGCGAAGACCCAAGCCUACUGCCUAUAGACCCCAGGAGGGGGAAGAAGAUGAGAGAAGACAACAAGGCAGUGGGGAACGUCCUAGACAAAGAGGCCGUUACCGCGUAAGAACUAAAGACCGCCAAAACCUUUACCAAGAACCGAAUACCAUCCAACGUAAACGAUUAAGACCUCACUAUACUCAAAACCUCCCGAACAGUUCUGAGAAGCAGUCAUGGGAGGAGACUACCGAGGUUUCAUACGAGCAGUACUCUUACGAGCGUGAACCUUCUAAAGAACAAGUAUAUUCCCAAGAAACUUCUAUAUCUAACGAAAGUGUCAAUCAGGAAGAGCCUGUGCAAACUCAAAUGCCUUUUAUUGAAGAAAUCCAUCCAGCUACCAUUACGUCUACAAGAGAUCGAGAAACUAUUAUUAAUCAUCCAGAAAACGAGGUAGAUUAUACUACACAAUCUCACCAAGAAGAAACUACUACAACCACCACUUCUACUACAACCACAACCACUGAAGCACCAUCUACCACAGAAGAACCCACCACUUCUACUGUCAAGAGUACAAGGAUCAGGAGACCUACAAAAUACGACUCUUCUAACAGGCCAAGGUUUAGCGUCAAAGACUAUCGUCAAAGGCUAAACCAAUAUUCAUCUACAACUACUCCAACUACAACUGGUAGGUCUACACCAGCUACAGAAAGUCCUAGACUAAGAUUCCCCAGCAGGCAGCGAACAAGGCCUGCGUUAGCUACAACCGCCAGCAGCAGAGUAGAUGAGGAGGUUGAAGAAGAAUCUACUACCACUUUCAGAAGCAAGUUUAAACCUAAAGAUCCCAGACACCAAACCACUACAGAAAGCGAAAUGGACAGUGUAACUGAAAAUGUCGUAAAACAUAAUAAAGUGAGGCAAUUUAAAACCACAACUCAAGCACCAGAAGUCACUACAAAGGUCUCCAUAAGACCAAACUUGUUCUCUGCGAGAAGACGUGCCGGGUAUCCCAGUUUAAAAGCACGAAUCCAAAAUAAACAGAAGAAAAACGAAAUCGAGGAGGAGGAACCUGAGGCUGUAGAGGGCGUGGAGCCUCUUAAUGUAGCAGAAAGUGCUACAACUGAGCAAUCAACCUCAACAAUCACAAUUACGGAAUUAUCUACCGAAGAAACACAGAACCAAAAUGACGAAGAGUUUUCAUACUCACAAAGGGUAUCAGACUUGACGUCGUCAUUUAAAGAUUACGAUAAGCCAGGGGCGUUUAACGCGGUGGCGCCCACUAGCAGAAGUAUUCCGAACUAUUUCACUCUUCAGACUGACGAUCCUAUUUUACCAAUAGAGGCCUUUUUUCCUAAGUUGAAGGAGAGGGGUAAGGAACGAUAAAGUAUAGGGCAUUAUAGAAGGGACCUGAUUAUUUAAAGUGGAAAGGGGUGGGUGAACGAUUGAUAAAUUAAAUGGUGAAUCCAGUACUUUCUUUAAUUGGUUUCGACAUACGUUACUGUGCUGUACUGACAGGACUAUAUAUAAUUGAGGAUAUUAAUAAGUAAUAAAAACUAUUGAUUAAUACAAGAGAAUCAACCCUUAAAUAUUUGGGCAUAAAAAAGUUUUAUUACAGGAAUAUUCAAGAUUACAAUAAACAUGAUUCACUCAAAAUUCCCUCACAACUCAUGGAAUGUAUAAGGUAUACACAAAUGUUAAAUAGUCAGAUAUCAUUCAAUUAAGCAAACUGUAGAUCAUCUAUAGGAUUAUAACGAAGGGUGCAGAUUGUGUUCAUAUUUUUUUAUAUUAAAUUUGAGCCAAAUAAUACUUCAAACCAAUUAGACUCUUUUUGCUAAAUUUUAAUGAUUUAAUGGGACAGAAUGCUUAAAUCUAUAUUUUGAUUCUUAGUUCUCUAUGAACAAUAGAGACUUGUUGGCAAUCAAUUUUUUAUUGUUUUUUUCGUAACUAUAGUCGGAUUACCGAACAGAUGGAGUGAAUGAUGUGCGCGAAAUAUAGGCCCGCCCAUCGAUGCAACCUUGGCAGAUUUAGACGAGGAGAAUUAUGCCUACUUAUUUUAAAUUAUUUUACCGUACAUCUUUGCUUUGUAAGCAGCUUUUUUAAAAAUAUAAUACGGUCGCCUAUAAAAUGGGUCCAAACCGAUUUUGAGGUUGUGCCAGGUAAUGAUAUAAUAAUCCCUUUUAAGUAUUUUGUUAUACAAAGUUAUGUUAAUAUAUUAGGGUUUUCAUCCGAAUUUCAUAACCAUAGGCCUACUCAAUCUCUAAUAAUUAAAUAUGAAUAAAAAAAUUCAUUGGUACACAUAACGAAAAAAUCAAAGGUCUAUGGUUAUGAAAUGCGGUAUUCGGGCAUAAUUUUGCAUUCUAAACAACUUUUUCUUAUAAACUUUUUUUACAUCAUGCCUAGAAAUACUACUUUACCUACUCAUAAAAUUUUAAAAAUGCUCGUACCAAGGCUUGAUUUUUUAAAAAUAAAAAUAUGCUAAAUUUCAUUUUUUAAUCAAGCAGGGCUGGAUGCCAAACGGUCAAAUUUUAACCACAACAUUUUUUGUCAUUAAUAAAUUCGCUCAUCCUGGGACACACUGUAUAUUAAAAAUAUUUAUUACCUGCUGCUUCUGCUGUAAACUGGACUUUUUGCACUUUGUUGUGUGCUGGAUGCUCGUUAUCACAUGUUUUAUAUAUGUUCAUAUUCACUUCCUUUUUACCAAUGGUCAAAUGUUUUCGUACUCUUUUCUUGGGGGGUGACAAUGGGGGUGUACGUAGCGCGUCAGCCAUUAUUUGUUAACAAACAAAUUAACAAAAAAAUAAACACAAUCUCAACUUUUCAUUAUUGCGAAGAUUCAAAUAUUCCAAUAGCAGAAAAUUCAACCAAAACGAUCUAAAGCCGCUCGACUAAUAAAAUGAAAUAAAACCCCAAGUCAUGAACCCUAUCGAGGCUCUAGGCCACACCUCCGGCGCAGAACGAUCACGUGACCACUCCAUCUGUUCGGUAACCCAAGUAUAUUAUUGUUAAAUAAGAAAAAAUCAUGCAUACAUAAGUUGACAAUUAACUUUUUAAAUAUUUUGCUUGACACUGUAACAAGUUCUGACUUACUAAAAUUAAGACUUGAAUUUAUAAUUUUAUUUAAAAAGUGUGAAUCAGCUUAACAAUAAUCAAGCAAAAUAUAAUAAAUAAUUUUUUUAAUUUUGCUCUAAGAUUUCACCAAAAAUAAAAAAAACAAUAAUAAUGCAGUGAUUUUCCGUUACUGUCCUUAGAGGUUAAAACUUAAGAAAAAAUACAAAUUUAAAGGAUUUUUAAAUUUUAUUUAAAAAAAAGUUCGUAAAUCGGAUUCUGGUGAUUUCUUAAGAAAAUCCCCAAAUUAUUUAUAAUAUGUACAUUUUUCUGUGAUUUUCAUUUUCUAAAUGUUCUAACAUGUGUUGAAAGUCGAGUCUGGUGAUUUUUUUUUUAAUUUUCCGAAAAAUCUAUAAUAUUCCAGUUUUUAGCCAUAAUGAAAGAAACCAGUUUAAUGUGAUUCUCAAAAAAAUUAAUGCGUCAGCCAUAGUGAGCGUUAAUUUUUUACGCAAAUAAUAGAACUUUACAUCAGGCCUUUUUCAUUUUAUAAAAUAAUAUCUAUUAUAUUAUUAUUUUUUACAUAGUUUUUCUGGGACUUCAUUCUCCUGGCUGACAUAUUUGACUUAAAGAAAUUAAAAUUUGUACUUACUUUUUUUUCUUAAAAUUACAAUUGAAUAAAUUUGAUUUCAAAAUUUUACACAACCAAUGUCUGUUGAAUUCAAGCCAAACAUAAAAUCAGAGAACCAUCUUAAACAUGCAACAGUGCAGAAUUCUUGAAUGUUUCUAUAUCUGUUUAUAUUUUUUUUAAUCUUGAGGAUGACCUCAUAAAGGUCGAAACGUUGACAUAAUAUAAGAAUAUGGCUUUGGAGAUAAACUGUUAGGCAGUCAAAAUUUUAUAGUAAUAGCAUUGUGGCAAUUAAGAAACUUACUAAGCCUUCUAUGGAUUUUUUACACAAUGUUUUUUUUUAGAGGUUUUCUAAAAAAAAAUUAGUUAAAUAAGUUUAAAAAAAAUGUAAAUGGUCACUAAAAAUAUUGCAAGAGAUGCUUUUCAAAAAGUUCAAAAUAUAAAUUAAAAAUUGAUUUUUUUCAAAUGAUAUUCAUACAAGGCUUUCCAGGUUUUAUAACAGUUUUUUAUUCACUGAAAUGGAGAUUUUUACUUACAAUUUUUUUAGCUUAAUUUCAAUUUUCCUAAACUAGCUAAUUUAAAAAAUAUCAAUUUAGCUCAAAUUUAAAAAAUAUCAACGAUUCCUUCCAUUACGUAUUUUGGAAAAUAAAACGACAGAUAUUUUAUAUUAAUCAGAAUUAUAAAUCUAUGGUUAUAAUUUGUUUUUUUGUAAACCCUUUAUCAAAAAAAUGUUUUAUUUCGUUACCCAUUUGUUGAUCAACGUUCCGUCCCCUUUCCAUAAAUGCAUUGUUGCCACCAUUUGGACAAUCAGCUUGGCAACAAGGCAUUUAAUUAAUGCAUUUUUUUUUGGGUUUGGUAAUGUUUUUGAAAAUAUUACUUCCUCCAAAAAAAAAAUCAAUAUGAAAUUUCUACCAAAAUAAGACGUGCAAUUUUUGUAAAAAAGUAUUUAUUUAUUUAGGUUAGUGUUAGUUUUAGAAUUAUUCAGUUAGUAUUCCAAAAAAUGCAACUUUUAAGGAUUAUACUGGCUAUGUUUUUGUAAUAUACGUUUAUAUAGAA